UACUACCACAGAAGUAGAAGAAGAAGAAUAAUUUUUUUUUUUUUAAGAAAAUAACCAAAGUGGUGAUGGCGGCUGAAGCAGUAAUCAAGGUAGUAGCACUCUGCGGUUCCCUCCGUGAAGCCUCCUAUAAUCGCGGUCUCCUCAAUGCCGCAAUGGAGAUAUGCAAGGAUUCUAUAAAGGGAAUGGAGAUUGAGUACGUCGAUCUAUCGUUGUUGCCGUUUACAAACGAGGACCUUGAGGUGAACGGAACUUAUCCAGGCGAAGUAGAGGUUUUUCGUAAAAAAAUUGAAGAAGCUGAUUGUUUCCUCUUUGCUUCUCCCGAAUACAAUUACUCCGUUACAGCACCAUUGAAAAAUGCAAUUGAUUGGGCAUCUCGACCUCCUAAUGUUUGGGCUGAUAAAUCAGCAGCAAUUGUGAGUGCUGGAGGUAACUUUGGUGGAGGACGAGCACACUAUCAUCUUCGACAAAUUGGAAUCUACAUUGAUCUUCAUUUCAUUAACAAGCCUGAACUUUUCGUGUUUGCAUUUGAAUCACCACCAAAGUUUGACAGCAACGGUGUGCUGAUACAUGAAGAAACCAAGCACAAACUCAGAUCAGUCCUUUUAGCUUUACAGGCAUUUGCCUUGAGACUCAAAAGUCAAGUAUGAAUAGCUUCUAAUUGUAUCCCUUCAAUAAUUUUCAACUCUGUUUGAAAUUAAAGCGUAGUUAUUAUUAUUUCGAUUGUUGUUCAACAUUGGCUGCUGCGUUUAUUAUUCUAUAUUUUUGUUUUUAAAUCAUGAAAUCUUUUACGUAA